CCUUCCCCCCCUCCUUCUCUCUCCGUUACCAGACUCUUACUGGACCGUUAUCGGGGUUUCCUUGAGGCACCCCUGUUUUCCUUCUUUAUUUGGAGGAGAAAGGCCCUUGUUUCCUAUUGCAUAAUGGGGCAAAUCCCUGUAGUUUAUCUCCGAGUGAAUGCUCUGAGGCUGAGCUGAGAGACCAAGGCGAAAGCGUUUCUACAUGCACACACAAGUAAAAGCGCCCCAGAGUGCAAACACCUCCUUUCUCCCAACUCCACUCUUGGCCCCUUCUGUGUCUAGAGGGAGAUGAGCAGAUCCCCUUUAUAUUUGGGGGUCAGGAUCUCUGGCUGCUGGGCCCUUGGAGCUGAAGGCAGCAACAGCAGCGCAGAAUCCUUGGACAGACUGCUGCCGACUGUGGGCACCACAAGCUCACCCCGGAAACGGACCACCAGCCAAUGCAAAUCGGAGCCACCCCUGCUGCGGACGAGCAAAAGGACCAUUUACACAGCUGGCCGGCCACCCUGGUACAAUGAGCAUGGCACCCAGUCAAAGGAGGCUUUUGUCAUUGGUCUUGGGGGAGGCAGCGCAUCUGGGAAGACCACCGUGGCUCGCAUGAUCAUCGAGGCCUUGGAUGUCCCAUGGGUGGUGCUCCUGUCCAUGGACUCCUUCUACAAGGUGCUGACGAAAGAGCAGCAGCAGCAGGCAGCCAGCAAUGACUACAACUUCGACCACCCCGACGCCUUUGAUUUUGACCUGAUCAUCUCCACCCUGAAGAAACUCAAGCAGGGCAAAAGCGUCAAGAUCCCCAUCUACGACUUCACCACUCACAGUCGCAAAAAGGAAUGGAAAACGCUGUAUGGAGCCAAUGUGAUUAUCUUUGAAGGCAUCAUGGCAUUUGCAGAUAAGGAACUCCUGAAGCUUCUAGAUAUGAAGAUAUUUGUUGACACAGACUCGGACAUCCGCCUGGUUCGGCGCCUGCGCAGGGACAUCGGCGAGCGUGGCCGAGACAUCGAGGGCGUCAUAAAGCAGUACAACAAGUUCGUCAAGCCAGCCUUCGACCAGUACAUCCAGCCUACCAUGAGGCUGGCUGACAUUGUCGUCCCACGAGGGAGCGGAAACACUGUCGCCAUUGACCUGAUUGUGCAGCAUGUCCACAGCCAACUGGAAGAGAGGAAACUGCGCUGGGAUAUGGCAGCACUGGCCUCUGCUCACCAGUGCCACCCGCUCCCCAAGACCCUCAGUGUGCUGAAGAACACCCCGCAGGUCAGGGGCAUGCACACCAUCAUCAGGGACAAGGAGACCAGUCGGGAUGAGUUUAUUUUCUACUCCAAGCGGCUGAUGCGCCUGCUGAUUGAACAUGCACUGUCUUUUCUGCCUUUCCAGAGCCUCAAUGUUCAGACCCCUCAAGGCCAGGACUAUGAAGGUCGAACAUACAGUGGGAAGCAAAUUACAGGUGUGUCCAUUUUGAGGGCCGGAGAGACUAUGGAGCCAGCACUGCGGGCUGUCUGCAAGGAUGUCCGAAUUGGCACCAUCCUCAUCCAGACAAACCGCUACACGGGCGAGCCAGAGCUGCACUAUUUGAGGCUCCCAAAGGACAUCAGUGAAGAUCACGUGAUCUUGAUGGACUGUACAGUCUCCACAGGAGCAGCAGCCAUGAUGGCAGUGAGGGUGUUGCUGGAUCACGAUGUCCCGGAAGACAAGAUCUUCCUUCUGUCCUUGCUGAUGGCCGAGAUGGGUGUCCACUCUGUGGCUUAUGCCUUCCCUCAAGUGAAGAUCAUCACGACAGCCGUGGACAAGAAAGUGAAUGAUCUUUUUCGCAUCAUCCCAGGCAUCGGGAAUUUUGGGGACCGCUACUUUGGCACAGACGCCCCUCCCGACUGGAGCGAUGAGGAAGACAUCCUGGACUCUUAGCCAGCCCCUCUUUUUUCAAGGAACCACUGUGAAGGGAAGGACGCCUUCUGCACCCGCACCUUAUCUGCCUCCCCCGCCAGGUCCCCAGACAUUUGCAAAGAGACAAUCCCGACAGCAUAGUUUGUUUUUCCUUGCUCACCUUGCAUUGGAGGCUGAAGACGUGUUUUUUUAAGAAAGGUGGAGAGAGAGAAAGCAGAUCCACGCUGUCUUUUUAUGUGUUCAUGAGUGUUUCUGAGUCUAGAGCAAAUUUUAUUUUAAUUUAAAGAUUUAAUAUAACUUAUUUUAUUAAAAAAUAAAGUUUCAGCCAAGUUUCGAA